AUGUCUUUUGAGGCGCGGCAUUUCAUUAAGACCGUCUUACCCGCGCAAGAGGCGUUUGAAACCAACACAAGUUUGGCUUUACCCUCUAAGGACAAAAUCACACAUCCCACCAACCAGCUGAAAGACAGAAGUAUUCGCGUUCGACAACAGGUGCAACUCACUCUCUCCAGAAAAGGGAAGAGGACAAUACGGAAUGGGACUUUACCCCAUGGCUUUACUUCAAGAAGUUGCACUGAUGUGAGAAAUGGAGAAAUUAAGACUGACUAUGCCAGUAUUUCAGCGGCCUGCCGGCCCUCGCGAAGAGUGGAUGUUUCGAGGUCUCCAAGCCCAGAAUUCCGACAGGCUCAUAGGAGCUACGGUUGGCCCAGAUGCAGCACCUUUUCAGAGGGUUGUCGCUGGGGAACUAGGUUUCAAACCCUUCCAGCUGGACGGACUGUACCAACCAAAGUACGCCUUCACAGAACCGCAAUGUCACAACACUGCGCCCGGUCACAGAUCAUGCGCAGCAGCAGAUCCUAUCCCUCUUUCCAUAAAGCCUCCAUAAAACCCCCAGGCCUCUCCCUCCCUCCGCCCCGACAGUCAUCCCCCAGUGACGAUGUGUUCUUACCUAGCAGUCCACAACAUGUCUCCUACAUGCCAGUAAAGCAGAUGGCACAGGUGGCGAGCAACCAGACCGCACAGGGGGUUGGGGAAGCAGUCUGGUUGUGCCAUGUCAGGGGGGAGAGUCAGCGAGCUGGAGUAGUCACUGGGGAGAGUCAGCGAGCUGGAGUAGUCACUGGGGAGAGUCAGCGAGCUGGAGUAGUUAGGGGGGAGAGUCAGCGAGCUGGAGUAGUCAAGGGGGAGAGUCAGCGAGCUGGAGUAGUCACUGGGGAGAGUCAGCGAGCUGGAGUAGUUAGGGGGGAGAGUCAGCGAGCUGGAGUAGUCACUGGGGAGAGUCAGCGAGCUGGAGUAGUCACUGGGGAGAGUCAGCGAGCUGGAGUAGUCACUGGGGAGAGUCAGCGAGCUGGAGUAGUCACUGGGGAGAGUCAGCGAGCUGGAGUAGUCACUGGGGAGAGUCAGCGAGCUGGAGUAGUCACUGGGGAGAGUCAGCGAGCUGGAGUAGUCACUAGGGAGAGUCAGCGAGCUGGAGUAGUCAGAGAAGCCUCGCUCCCUCACUCAGAAGUCAGUGUGGAGGUGGACACCGAAUGCAGGAAGCAGGCUGAAGAGGAAGAGAUCCAGCAAACAAGUGCUAUGGUGACUGAAAAGAUGAGCAAGUUGGAUGUGACAGUGAGUGAGAUGACAUUAGAGAGGGCGGUGAACCUCCUUACACACGACAAUGAGGAUACACAAGCCUCCUCAGCACGUUUCAUUCAGACGCAAUGCUUCAGCAGUGCUGAUGCAAAAAAGAUGAUGUUUUAUCUUCAUGGGAUCCCUAAGCUUCUGAAACUUCUGCAAAGUGACAGUGAGGAAGUCCAACAGGCAGGGGCUUGUGCCCUCCGCAAUGUUGUAUUUGAAAGCAGCGAGAAUAAAAUGGAGAUAAAGGACUGUGAGGGAGUUCCAAUCAUCCUAAAUCUACUCAAGAGAAGCCAGGACAUAGAGACUCGGCGGCAGCUAACUGGUCUGCUGUGGAAUCUUUCUUCUCAUGACCUUCUGAAGGAGCUUUUGGCCAGAGAAGCUGUGAAACCCCUGACUGAUGUGGUGGUGGUACCAUGUUCAGGCUUUUCAGAGGGAGAGAACCCUAAGGAUGAGUUAUUAGCCGAUCCUGAAGUCUUCUACAAUGCCACAGGAUGUCUGAGAAACAUCAGUUCCACUGGCCCUGAUGGCCGAAAGGCAUUGCGGGAUUGUGAGGGGCUUAUUGAUUCUCUUGUCUACUAUGUCAGGGGGACCAUCGCAGACUACAAUCCAGAUGACAUGACCUCAGAAAACUGUGUAUGUAUCCUGCAUAACCUGUCCUAUGAGAUCAGCUCCGAGCUUCCCCAGGAACAGACACCCACGCAGCAGGAAUCCAGAGACAACCCAGCAACGGUCAACACAACUGGCUGCUUUAGUGUCAGGAGUGCAAAAUUAUCAGAGUAUUUGCAGUCAGAGUGUCCUAUGCUGGAGGAGAAAGGGAACCCUCAUGGCAUUGAAUGGCUAUGGAGUGCAAUUGCUGUUCGCAUGUACCUGUCUCUUAUCGUCCGAAGCAGCCGUCCACACACCCAGGAAGCAUCUAUUGGUGCCUUACAGAAUCUCACUGCAGGGAGUGGAGUGAUAUCUCGAGCCAUUGCACACACAGUAGUGCGGAAAGAGGGUGGACUGCUGCAGGUCAAGCGCAUGCUGCAGGAGGGAGAACCGGGUGUGAGGAGAACCUCAGUCUCUCUUCUGAGGAACAUCUCUCGCUUCAGAGAGCUUCACAGUGACAUUGUGAAACAGGUGCUGCCAGAGCUAGUUGCCAUGUUAUCGUAUUGUGUGCAGGACUCAGAUCUGCCCUCUGAGGUUUCGAUCUCGCUCUGUCACAUUCUGAUGAAUCUCAGUCACACAUCCAGUCAGAAUGUACGUGCCAUUGUAAACCAUGGCGCUCUGCCCAAAAUCAUCGAUAUAAGCACCAAAGACAACGGGUUUGGGCCCACACGUACGGCCCAGGCUGCUUCUGUGCUGUUACACACAUUUUGGAAACAUUCAGAGCUUCAUGGGGCAUACAGGAAGGCUGGAUACAGGAAAGCAGACUUCAUUAACAGCAGGACAGUGAAGGCAGUGAACUCUGCUCAUGACUGAAGAUGGAACAAUACUAUUGAUAGACUGAGAAACAAGGCUGUCCAUCUUUAAGUGGGUACACUGAGACAGAGAUAAGGACAACGGUCACAUUUCUGUCUGGGAGCAGGUUUGGGUCCUCUUUCCCUGAAGUACCUCAGG